AUGCGCUCUAACCGCUUAAUUCAGUCCAGCGCCGUCCUGAAAUGCAGCGUCGAUAGCAAAGUCUCUCGAGUGGCUUGGCUCAACCGCACCACCAUUCUGUUCGCGGGGACGGAGAAGUGGUCUUUGGAUCCUCGUGUCAUCCUGAUGGAAAACACCGCCAUCACAGAGUACAGCAUUCAGAUCCAAAAUGUCAACGUUCACGACGAGGGACCUUACGUCUGCUCCAUCCUCACCAACAAGAAACCAAAAUCCACAAAAGUGCAUCUCAUCGUUCAAGUACCUGCCAAGAUAACGAAUAUAUCGAAGGACGUCACAGUGAACGAGGGCAGCAGCGUCAAUCUGAUGUGCCAGGCGGUGGGACGACCUGAGGCCAGCAUCACAUGGAGGCAUCAGUCAGCCAGAGGUGGCCAUAAAUUUGUGACGGAGGGGGAACAUUUGGAGCUGAUCUCGAUCACCAAAGAGCAGUCAGGAACAUACGAGUGCAUCGCCUCAAACGACAUCUCCAGCUCUGACAUCAGGAGAGUCCAAGUCACAGUCAACUACCCUCCCUUCAUUUCGAAGGCGAGGAGUACAGGCACUCCGGUGGGACAAAGAGGGGUUCUGCAGUGCGAAGCCUCUGCCGUUCCCAGGGCAGAUUUUGAGUGGUACAAAGAAGACCGCAGGCUCCUCAAUGGAAUAAACGGUCUGAAGAUAGAGACCCAAGGAAAACAGUCGCUGCUCAUCUUCUUCAACGUGUCAGAAGAAGACUAUGGAAACUACACCUGUGUCGCCAUGAACACCAUGGGAAUCACUAACGCCAGCAUAAUUCUUUAUGGUCCGGGCGCGAUGCACGACGUGAACGGGACGCCCGUCCUCCGCCGCUGCUCCGCCUGCCUCCUGCUGACUGUGACCUUAUCCCACCUGCUCAAGUUCUGAUGAAAGAUGUGACCUCCCCCCCCCUCACUUCGAGCUUCUCGCAGCACUGAAGCAACAAGAACAGACGAUUUAGUCCUAUGAGAAGAACAGGAAACCAAGAACGCCACUGGCUCACGCUCUUUGCUUUCUUUCGUAUUUCCUUUCCGGCUUUGCAUCGGAGUCUGUUCUCUGUCGGUUCACCAAGAGUGACAGGCGACUGUGGAGAGAAGGGAAAAGUUUUAAACAUGCACUAAUUUGAUGAUGGUAAAACUACAGAGCUUGUGUGUGUCACCCCCUCUCCCCCCGAAACCUUUUUUUGUAUGUGAAAUAGGGAGAAAAAGAAAAAAAAAGAAGAAAAAAAUGUGUGUUACUGUUGAUAGUUGACUGUUUAUUGCCCAAUAUUGAAGUGUAAAUUCAGAUUAAUACUAUUAUUGUGUGACAUCUGUUCAAUAUCUGUACAGUACCAGUAAGCUUUUUUAAGUCAAUGACAAAAAAAAGAGGGAAUAAUGCAAUGUGAUUGUUGAAUUUCACUGUAUUUUUACAGUUGUAUGCAAAACAGAAAAAAAAAAAAAAAAAAAAAACGCUGGUCCUCCGAGGCGAUCGGUCGAGAACAUUAAAGAAUUCACCAUUAUUUCUCAGGCAAAGUCCUAUGGCAUAGUGCAUCCUCAUUUUUACCUUGAUCAUAGUGUGUGUAGAAAAUGUACAAAGUGAACAGUUAACUCCUGCACUCUAUGAAAAGGCAUUCGUUUCUGAGAUGGCAUUUUCUUUUUCUUUUUCUUUUUUUGAAACACCUCAUCGUCACAGAUGUCAUAGCAGCUUCAAGGCAUGUUCAUACCCACAGUCUGAAUUUGGAUUCAUGCGACUCAUUGGUGUGAUUUUUUUUUUUUUUUUUUUACCUCAAAACAAAAGCGUUAGGAGGGACGACGGUCCGGUCUGCGCUGUGUGACAGCGUUGUGAACUGUCAGCUUUAAUUAACCACUUCUUACUUUUUUGCCUUCUUAAUAAGCGUUUCAGUUAUUUUUAGUCAUUUGUACCUAUUGUUCCCAAACCGUGUUUUUCCCCCUCUGUCGUCCAGACUCCUCGUUUUAAUGUAGUGGCCAGUAUAAAUCGUGUUAUUAGGUUAUUUAAUCCAUCUCUUAGGCAGCCACAGUGGUCCUCAUGCUUCUGUUUUGAGCAUUAGACCUCUAUGCAAACCAGACUUUAUGUUUAGAGCUUACAGCCAUCUUUUUGAACGUUUAAGGGAAAACGCAUGGCAGGUUAAUUGUACUAACUCAUUAUUCUAUUUAUUUUUAUAGUUUGUGCUUUUUUUUAACAUUUUAUUUAUUGUUGCUGGAAAAUGGAAUUAAAACUUAAAUGUGCAAUUAAAGCAACCAUUCCUCUCAAUUCAUAUCAGCAUUAUUGAAAACAUGGGAUGUUUCUGAUCAGGACUCCAUUUAUGCACUUCAGUACAUUUACGGUUUUAAAUUUUUUGUCUACCACAACGGUGGACACGUUUGACAUUAAGCAGUUUGAAGCAAAUUGUCUCACCAUAAAUUUCGGUGGGGUUGAGAAAUACGAGACCAUCUGAAAGACUUAAAGCAAAAGCAGAACCGAACCCAGCAAGAUCACAACGUCUAAAGAGAUGGAGUGGCUGAGAACUAAAUUAUGGGCAGUUAAAAACAUUGUAAGAGGAGAAGUAUAUUUUUCUCUUUUUUUUUCCAGAUUGGCUGUAAAUCAUGUCACUGCAUCAGGUGCUGGCAUAGAAGCUUCAUCAGAGUUUCAUCAGGAUCCUCUGAGUCAUUAUUCAGGACUACGAUCGGGACGUCCCGGCUUCUUAUUGUUUCUUACUUUUCUUUUCCUGUAUUUAUUAUUUAUUCUACACUACAUAUCUGCUGUCAUGCUGCAGUCAUGUAAACCUGUGACAGAGAGAGAGAGAGAGAGAGAGAGAGAGAGAAAUGAAGACUUGAAAUGUCUGUUCUGUCAUCCAGUCAUUUCUUUGCCAGACUUGCUAAAGAAUUUCUUUGGUUUCAUAUUUUU